CGAACAACAUUCUCAGUGUACGUAAAUUUCUCGAAUUGGUGCAGCCAGUUCAGCUAAAAAGAACAGACCAGUGAUAAGGCUCAUCACACACAGAAAUGAAUAUCAAAGCGUGGAGUGAGGUCAUCAGCGAGUUGUCAUUCGUGUAAUUAAGAUAUUGCAUCUCAAAGAAUAGGGAGCUCUUAGAAAAAGAAGAAAGAGGCGUGACGACGAUUAGCGAAUUUUUCGCGAUCAUUAGCGAUCACGAGGGAAGUUAUCUUAAUUUAGACUUGACGACACAAAGUAUCGUCAAUUAUUUUGUAAAAGGUUUUUGGGAAAGGAAAAAGUAUCAAGGACAGCGAAUUGAUUCCGGGUUCUUGUUACCACAUCUUCAAAAAAGAAGACAUCCGGAACAAAAGAAGAUCCGAAAGAAACAACGCGUAACGAGGGGAAGAAGAUUAGUAAAUAAAGGCAACCAGAUCUACGCUAAAGAUGUUCGCCAGUGGGCCAAAUUAUACAAAACUCAAGACACACUUACGUCUGGCGAUUAAUCGGUUGAAGCUGCUAGAAAAGAAGAAAACGGAGUUAGCGCAGAAAGCCCGACGUGAGAUUGCAGACUUCAUUGCUGCUGGCAAAUCAGAACGUGCUAAGAUCCGAGUUGAGCAUAUCAUCCGCGAGGACUACAUGGUCGAAGCAAUGGAGCUGCUGGAGAUGUACUGUGACUUGUUGCUGGCGCGCUUCGGCCUCAUCCAACAGAUGAAAAACCUCGAUGAAGGCCUAGCAGAAGCUAUAUCCACCAUUCUGUGGGUAGCACCUCGUAUCCAGACAGAUGUCCAAGAAGUCAAGGUAAUAGCAGACAUCUUGACAUCGAAGUACGGCAGACAAUAUACAGAAGCAUGCCGAGAAGAGGCAAUACAGACCAUAUCCGAGAAGCUGAAGCACAAGAUGAGUGUGCAAUCACCAUCAAAGCUGCUUGUAGAGAAGUAUUUGAUAGAGAUCGCUAAGAAUUACAACGUCGAAUAUGAACCAGAUCCACAGGUGAUGGCGGAAGCUCAGGAUGCAAUGUUGAUAGACAUAGGAGCCAAUGGAGGAGAAUCGAGGAACAAUCUGGAUAUGGCCAGUGGAGGCGGAAUGCCACAUCCAGCUGGCUUCAUUGGCUUCCCACAGGCGCCUCUGUUACCUGAUCCUGGAUUCAGCACUAGUGGGGAUUCCGAGAAAGAUGGUUUAUCCAUUGGAUUCGUAUCUCCACCUAUGGAAAAGGAUCAAAAUACUAUGUUUAAUCCCACUGCAUUCUCAUAUAACAUACCCUUGGACAAUGCCAAUUCAAAUAAACCAGAAGAAGAUUUACCACCACCCUACAGGCCUGACUUUCCACCUGACUUGAACAAACAGUCCGAUGAGAAACCGAAACCCCAGCCGAGGUCCAAAAUACCCAUGAAUAACUUCCAGCUUCCGGAUCUGCCGGCGGUACCGACGGAAAAUGAGACGCCUACAAAUCCGCCCGAGAACGACGAUAUUGAUUUCGAUGACUUGAUGAAGCGAUUCGAGGACUUGAAAAAGAGGAAGUAACAUCCGAUGACGUGUGCGAGAACGAUGUCCGAAACGUUAUUUCCAGUUUUAUUUUACCGUCGCAAGACGAGAACGAUAUUGUAUUUAGUAAUGCCUUCGGCAAAUAGGGAGAAUCUAAAAUCUAAGAUAAAGUGAUAUAUGCUUGUGAUGCUUGCACUUUCGGCGAUAAGAUAUUUCGCAGAGCGAUGAAAAAAUGCUUUUUGCCUAGCUAAAACUGUACAUUUCCAAGAGACAGUUUCAUCGAUCUCUGUUGUAAAUACACAUCGUCGAAAAACACAAACAAUAGAUUAAAGAAUUUAAGUUGUUUGAUCUAAAAGAAAAACAAUACAUAACUUUAAUAUGUAAUUCGAUUUUUAAGUUUUCCGAUAUUUGAGUAUAAAUGAUCGAAAAACAAAAAUAACAGGUAUGUUCUAUUUGUUCUAUUUGUGCAAGUAUUAUAAAUUGUUAUAAUAUUAAU